AAAACUAAAUCUCUUUUGUUACUAUUUCUAUUUUAUUUUUUUCCCAAAACUCAAAAUCACCUCGACUUUUUCAUUCUUUUAUUUCUUUUCUAUUUCAGUUCUAUUUCUCUUUCGUUCUUCUCAUUUCCAAACUCUCUGUUUCAUUUCCAGAUUCUCUCCCUUGGGUAAGCAGAAACCCUAACCAAUUGUAGUAGGCAAGCUUCAAAUCUCUUCAUUAGGUUCCAGUAAUUGCAGCUUCAAUUUUGAUUUUGAUUUCUCUUCAGAACUUGAUAUUCAUUUUGAUUUUGAUUUCACGUUAUCCUUUGUGCCUUCUCCUUCAAAUCUCAUCAAGUACUCCAGGAAACAAUCGAGGGAGUAAUUGGUAACAAAUCUCACCGUCUGGAGGUAAUUAUCUGCUGCCAACGGAGACUAACCACCGCUCUUCGCAAACUUCCCGAAAAAGGUGCUUCCGAUCGGUGCUGUGCAGUGCAAGACCACUGGAGGAUUUUGCGAGCUAGAGCUCUCUACAAAGUGACUUCUGACUUUGUUGAUGCAGCAAUUAGUCUGGCUAUUGGGGUCAUCAACAGAUGUGUACCUCCUAUUAAUCCAACAGAUCCAGAGUGCUUUCACAUGUAUGUUCACAAUAACAUUUUCUUCAGCUUUGCUGUGAAUGCUGACCUUGAACAAGUAUCCAGAAAGCAAGCAUCAGAUGGUAAUUCAAACAUUCAGAGCAGAAAUGCUUCACUUAGUUCAUCUGAUAAACUAUCUAAUGAUAUACUGCGUGGAGAUGGUGCAGUUGCAAAUGGGGAGAAUUUUUGUGGAUUGAAUGUGGUAGACAGUGAUAGUUUAAUAGAAUCAUCUCUGGGCUCCUCUGAGACACUGUUGGCUGAGAAUGAGCAGGCUACAUAUGCCUCUGCAAAUAACGAUUUGAAAGGCACCAAAGCCUACCAGGAAGCUGAUCUCCCUGGACUAUAUAAUCUUGCUAUGUCUAUAAUAGAUUACAGGGGUCAUAGAGUUGUAGCUCAGGUACUUGUCAAGGUCCUGCCAUGUUAUUGGAAAUUGAUGUUGGAAUAUGUGGUUUUCCUCUCCAGUAAUGCUUAGUUGCUUAGUUUUAUCUGUUAAUUUUAAUCAAUGUCAUAGAUGUAUAAACUAACAAAUAUUUUGAAUAUAUGGAUGAAUGAAUU